AUGUUGGUCGAGAACGCCGGGCUGCUGCUUUCUGCAGCUGUACCCAUCCUACUCCUCCCGUAUCUUCUGGGUGCUGUCAUUUCCACGCUGAGACUGAGGUGGUAUACCUCUGGUUUUCCGGUCAUCAACAAACUCAAAGGCGAAUGGUCUGAUAAGCCCGCCGUGAAACGCAUCGCCCGAGACAUGAAGGCAUGGAUUCAGAAAGGAUAUUACAAGUAUAAUGGCCCCUUUCAGAUCAUUGGAUCGUUCGGGACACGGAUUGUGUUGCCUCCCGACAUGGCAGAGCACGUCAAGUCCGAUCCUCGUUUCAGCGCCGACGAGGUGGUCAAAAAGUCCAUGGCAUCUACUCUGCCCGGCUUUGAAGGCCUACGUGCUACUGAUGCUCUUACCACCAUGAUUCGCACCAAGCUGAGCACCAAUCUUGGCAAAUUCACUCAGGAAUUGGCGGAGGAGACGGAAGUCGCAUUUGACAUGCGAUGGGGGACAAGCACUGAAUGGCACGAAGUCGAGCUGCUGGCCAGUCUCCGUGACAUCGUCACUCAAGUCUCGACGCGAAUCUUCCUCGGCCCUGAGCUCUGCCGCGACGAGGAAUGGCUGGACAACAUCCAGGCAUACACGAACAGCGUGUUCCAUGCCGUGAGGGUGAUACGUAGCUGGCCCGAGUGGUCUCGCCCCUACGUCCAAUGGUUCCUGAAGGAUUGCCGCAAAAUCAGGCAGCAGGUGAAGCGAGCCGAGGAGAUGAUUGAGCCCAUCAUCGCCAAACGCAUCGAAACCACGGAACGGGCCAAAAAGGGACUAGCAGACAUGCCGAAUGAUGCCAUGACCUGGAUGCACCAAAUCGCCAUGAGCCGAAACGAGAAGUACCACGGAGCUCACGCCCAGCUGUCACUUAGCAUGGCAUCCGUGCAUACAACAUCCGAUCUAACCUCAAACAUUGUCCUUCAGCUCUGCCGGCACCCGGAAGUCAUCGAACCGCUUCUCAAGGAGAUACGAGAGGUUCGCGACCAGGACGGCAAGAUGUCCAAGACCUCCUUGUACCAGAUGAAGCUCGCAGACAGUGUGAUGAAGGAGACACAGCGAUUGAAACCACUUGGUGUCCUCCUUACCCAUCGCUACGCCCAUGAAGACGUAACCCUACCAGACGGGACGCUCAUACCCAGAGGCGCCCAAGUCGGUGUCAACAUGUCCCGCAUGUGGGAUCCCAAGUACUACCCCAACCCCGAAGAAUGGCAGCCCGACCGAUUCCUCAAGCUGCGCGAGGAGGCCGGCAAGGAGCAUCCUUCACAGUUUGUGACGACCACGAUGGAAAGCCUCGGAUUCGGCAUUGGGACGCACGCGUGUCCCGGGAGGUUCUUCGCGGGGAACAAGGUGAAAAUCUUGCUCGCGCAUAUACUGGAACACUACGAGUUCGAGAGAGUAGACUCCGGGCCCGACGCCUCGCCGUGGUAUAUAGAGAUUGUGACGAACCCUAAGGCGAAGCUGCGGGUGCGCAGGAAGCAGGCCUCUGCU